GUUUAGAAAAUGCUUGAUUAGAUCACAUUGUUAACAUGGUAGCAUGUGUAUAUAGAAGCUGCUUUUUUUUUUAUUGUCAAACCAGGUUGUCCAGUCCCAAACAAACAAUUACGUGCUUAAUUGUUCACCUUACUCCAGGGCUUGUGGAGGGAGGAGUGAGACAAGUCAGGGGAAGGAAAAGCAAGUAGCGCUACAGCACAUGGACACACCCAGUCCAACAAAGUGUGUGAGACAGUCAGGGAGAGUAAUGAGUCUGUGUGAAGCAAUAAGAGGGUGUGGCUUUUUUUUUUACACAGGGGAAACAGAUAAGCUAAAGUUUGCCUUCUAGAGAGAGGCAGGAGUCACAAACAGACAGACGUUCACUUUCACUCUGCUGGGUUUAGAGACAGUCCAGCUGCACAUUUCCACUCUGUCCCUCCCUCUGGUACAAUCUUUGAAGCAAGACUCUGCGAGGGAGCAGCUACCAGAAGUUAAAAAAAGAAGAAGAAGAAGAAGAAAAGCAGACAACUCUGGAAAAAACUUCAACUUGCAGCCAUGAAGGACAAAGUGAGAAGAGGAGGAGGAAGAAAUCAACACAAGACUGAUGUGAUGAGCCAGACCACUGGAACUGAUGCUGCUGGUGUAAAGCGAGAUGAUGACACAUCGUUCUCUGUGAAGAUCCAGGGAACAGGAGUUGAGCCUUUUGAGCUGCAGGUGCAUGGGUUUUGGCUUGUUCAGGAUGCAGUCAUGGCUCUUCUUUCGAAGAAUGAGGUCUGUCCUCGCUCCCACUUUUCACUUUCGUUCGCUGGCGCAACUCUGGAUCCCUUCGCAGAACUGCAAAGCCUCAAAGGCCUCAAGGGAGGAUCCAUCCUUCGCCUUGUAGAAGAGCCCUACACCUCCCACACAGUCAGACUCCAUCUGGCUCGAGUUCUGGAGCUGCUGAGAGCGUCCGGACCCCAAGAUGCACUGAGAGAAGGACGUUCACCGAGCAUACUGGAGACGCUCACACACACACAAGCACACGACUCGAGCUUGCUAAAUGGAAAGAGCCUGAAACGGUCUUCAAGCAACACAAAAACAGAUUCAACGAAUCAGGACGGACCCCCGCCUGAGUACCUUCUCCCUGGCUCCUCAGAAAGACCCCUCAUGGCCCUGCUGCCACACAGCUCCCAACCAGAGGCCCCCAGUUAUGUGCGCGACCUGUCUCUCAGCUGUUGGAACCCGCCUCCAGGACACAGGAAGCUCCAGGGAGACUUCCUGUACAUCACUGUGGUGACAAUGGAGGGACGACGCUGCGACGUCACAUCCUGUCCGAAAGGUUUCUUCCUCAAUAGGUCCACAGAAGAUAUGUUUGAUCCUCGUCCUGUACAGUCUUCUCCAGUUUGUCACUGUUUCACUGACCUCCUCUGUCACGUCAGCCCUGCAUUCAAGCAAACCUUCACCACACUCAAAAACAGGCCUCAGCAACCUCCAGCGGAGAUUUUUCCUACUCCUUAUCACACACUGAGCUGGCUCGGUCCUCCCUGCGCCUCGCGGACUCACAAGAACACCUUCAGCAGACUGGGAGUAGAUGAACAGAUAGCAACACAGGCUCCAGACUGGAAUGAGGAGUUGCAAGCUGCCAGAGAUCUUCCAGUAGGAAGUCUGGAGGAGAGGCUGCAGAGAGACAAAGCUCUGCUACAGAUAAACAGCGCAUUCGUGAGGGCCGUCAUGCGGGGAGCAGAGAAUGUGGUGGAUGGCCUCGUUGAGUCAGUCAAUGGGAACCCAGAGGACCCAGCUUUCCUGUGGGGUGGUCUGUUUAUGAGCCAGGGGGCCGCAAGUGCUGUGUUCGGUGGUGAAAGAGGUCGCCGGGCUGCUCAGAGGCUGGAGCUUAAAGGUGUGCAGGCAUACAGUGACCUGGAGGGGAUUCAGGGGCUGCACACUCUACCUACAGCCAUUGUAGACUACAGAGGUGUGCGUUUGUCUGCCCAGGGUCUUGCCCCUGGCUUGGAAGGCUCAGAGCAAGACCAGGAAACUAAUCCUGCCUCAAGAGGUUUGCUGUAUGGGGUAAAUGCAGGACUGCAAGAGUCCGCCCAACGUAGAGAGCUACUAGCACUCUUGGCUCACGCAGCCAAAUCUCUUUCCCUCCAGAGACAUGUUGUCGUGGCACCCAAGGGUCACAAGGUACCACUGUUCACCUCGGUGGAUGCUCAGGGACUGCUGGGUGCAGACGGGAGGUUCUACAUACUUGAUGUGUUCAGGACCUUCCCAGCUGAUGCCAACUUCUGUCCAGAGGUGGAGACAGAAAGUGAGACAAUGACUGGAGAAGAGGAGAGUAACAAAAGCUGUAAUGAGGAUCAGGACAAUGAAGGUGUUAUGAGCAAAGGCUGGCCGGAGGAUUAUCAUGCCAACACGGGACUUCCAAAAAGCUUUUCUCACGGUCUUUGUAGACUGAGGCCAGAGCUGGUUCAGGCCUUCACCCAACACAAGCAUUGCCAGUUCACUCAACGUGUCAGGGAGACGCUGGAGGAAAAUGGAGGUUUUGAAGAAUGUGCAACAGCAGGCGACUCUCGAGCCACUGAUGCAGUACGAGCUGCAUGUAAAGAAGUUGGCUCAGUUAGCGACAUCAUCUUUGAGAUGCGCUUUAACCCAAGUGUUUUUUCUCCAGAGGUAUCCAUUCCUCCUAGUGAACAUGCAUCAGUGAAACUGCAGGAGAGGUUACUGAGGGAAGCUGCAGCUUUCAUCAUCACGCAUCAGAUACCAGCCUUUAUUCAGUAUUGUCUGCAAAGCAACGAGGCACCAAUGGACAGCGCUUCUCUAAAACAGGCGCUUCACCAGAAGGGCAUCAACCUCCGCUACAUGGGCCAUGUGGUCAAGGCCAUUACCCAUUCAGAACACAGGGAGCGCCUGAGGCAUAUAAUGAGAUCGGUCAUAGGCGAAAUUUUCAUCCGCUCAACAAGAAGAGUGUUCAACAGUUUCCUCCAGGGUGUGGACGUGCCGAGUCUCUCUGCAGCUGUCAGUCACUUCCUCGGCUGCCUAUUGGUUCCCCACUUCACUCCCACUGCUGUAGGGGAAGACACGAAGAAGAAGUCAAGGCGGCGUGGCAGAGGGGCCGGGGCCUCAGAAAGUACACCAUGGAGCACGCUCACAGGGGCUGACCUGUGGAGCCUCGUCUGUCAAGAUGCUGUUGAAACAUAUAACAUCUCCGACUGCCUGGGAUCCGGUCCGAACCACCUGGUGGAGCACUACGGUCUUCAGAAGCUGUCUUUGCUCAGAGAAUUCUGUUUAAAGACCGGAGUACAGUUGAGACUGAGAGACUACUGCCUCGACAACCAAAACAAAGCUCCCAUUGGUCCGGACGACAUCCUCAACAUCUUCCCUGCUGUCAAGCAUGUUCGCAUGCCAACUACAGAUGCUUCAAAAGCGUACCUGGCUGCACAGACCUUCAUUCAGAAAGGUCUGCUGGACCAGGCCUACGAGCGUUUGAAAGAAGCAACCUACCUUUACGGUAGGGUGUGUGAUGAUCUGCACCCUGAGGCCUGCUACUGCCACAGCCUGUUGGCCAUUACGGCCUUCCUGCAGGGGAAAACAGCUGAAGCUCGCAGUGUCCAGCUGAAAACAGUGGUGAUCAGUGAGAGGGUGCUUGGCUUUGACCACCCCAACACUAUCCAGCAAUAUACACUGUUGGCUGUGUACAUGUAUGCUGGAGGGGAGAUUGCCCUGGCUAAGAAGUGUCUUCUCAGAGCUCGUCUGCUAAUGCUGACCAUCCAUGGAGAGGACCAUCCGUACACCGCAACACUGGAUAGCUGUCUUGGGCUGUUGCUGUUAGAAGAUCAGACAGGGCAGUUUGUAAAGAAUGCCCUAAGACUUAACAUAUCCUUCUUCGGCCUGACUAAUCUGCACACUGCUCUCAGUCAGCACCUGCUGGCCGUGUGGAUGUGCAAUAAAGGUGACUACAGAAGCGCCAUGACGCAUGAGAAGGAGGCCCUCUUUGCUUUUACCUCAUUGUUAGGAGAGGAUCAUGAACAGACACGCAGCAGCAAAGAGUUCCUGUGCAUCAUAACAAAACAAGCAGUGACGGUGGAGCGCACCCUGAGGCAGGCAGGAGCCGACGGCACGGAGCAGACGGUGGAGUGUCUACCCCCAUCUUCUGAGGCCAUUCUGGAGCAGAUAGUUCUGGUUACUGGGAUCAGGAAGAUUACAAAGAGUGACAGGUUCCAGGAGUACAAGAAGAAACACAAAGAAUUGAAGGCUGCAGUUGCAAAGGAACUAGGUCUUCAAAUGCCCAAGGAUCUUUUCACCUCGGAGCUUGUGAAUGGAGGAGAGAAAAGCUCAGAUCAGGCAUCGGGAUGCAGCGUAGACGCUGAGGAUGGAGGAAGUCCAGCAGCCAGCCCCAGUGAGAAUGAAAAGGAGCAGCCUGUGGAGGCGUCUGGGGAUGAUCGUGCUGCUGAAUCUUCGGCUAACGGCCAUGUGGAGCCAGCAGAGCAGAGCCAGAAAGAGGAGAAAACAGACGUAGACAGUGACAGAGCAGAGUCAGGCGUUCAGGUCAAAACACUAAAUGGAGCAACGUGCAAUGAGAUGAAGUCAGGCUCAGGUGAGAAAAACGGUGAAAUUAACGGAGCGGUGGACAUCAUUGCGAGUCCAUCAGCCCCUAAGACUAAGAAGACCUGGGCAGAUGUUGUUGUUUCAAAAGGGGCCGCAGUCAAUGGAGCGGGAGGCAAAGCCGACGUAGCAGGAGGUAGUGUCGCCGCCAAUGGAACAGCUGAGGAGUGAACACAUAGCAAGAAAGGUGUUGCAGUCCAGUAUUCUGAAGUCACUACUGUAAGAUAAAACUCUCCCAGGAUCCUUGUGUAGAUGUGAUCUGAUCCAGUGAACAAGGACGGAAUAAAAUGAGAGAGGAUGAGAGGAUGAGAAUUAUUUGGUGUUUGAAGCAUUACACUAUUACUGAUGCUGGGAGAGGGCUGUAAUGUUGAGCCAUUGUUUUUUUUCCAACAAUAAACUUUUUACUCUGGUCUAUCAAA